AUGGAGGCGAACGAGAUGGCUGAAGAUGGGGCUGACUGGCGGACGGCUGAAACAAAUGGAUGUGGACGGCUGAAAUGGAGGUUCCCGGCUGAAAAUGGAGUCAUUGGACACAGUGCCUGUGGAGGAAUCAAGGGGCUCAUGUCUCUCUCAGAUGAUGGUUCCACCUCCACUGAUUUCAUCGAAGACUGGGUGAAGAUUGGUUUACCUGCAAAGGCAAAGGUAAAGGCCGAGCUCGGUGACGCACCUUUCGCUGAUCAGUGUGGACUAUGUGAGAAGGAAGCAGUGAAUGUGUCACUUGGGAACUUGCUGAGUUACCCCUUUGUUAGAGAUGGAUUGGUGAAGAAAACUUUGGCACUGAAGGGUGGAUAUUAUGAUUUUGUGAAAGGAAGUUUUGAACUGUGGGGGCUGGAAUUUGCUCUUUCUCCAUCACUCUCUGUAAAAGAUGUGGCCACAAUACUGCACUGGAAGCUCUACUAA